CAGCCGUUUUCGACAUUAAAGAGAUUGUGAUUGUAGAUCGUGAUCAAGUCCUUUCGCCUUUCGUCAUAUGAAAUGUGUGUUAAGCUUUGUAAAAAGCGGUGCUUCCACAAUAUAAAUAGUAUCUGAGGUCAAGAAUCUGAAGCGAGGUGGUGAACUCAUGCGGCUGAACCUGCUCAUAGUGGAUUUGAAUGUCAAACGUGUUUUAUAUCGCUUGGUCGCCAGAGACACUGGUCUCACACCAGCAGCACCACUCCUGAGAGAGAUUGCAAAAGUCGAGCCCGUAACCGUAGCUGAGCUCAAUAGCUUUGUCACCACUGCCGUGUCUAAGGAUAUUGAGUUCAUGUGCACCGGCACGGUUAUCCGACCCGAUUCAGAGAAAGGAUGGUGUUACGUUGCUUGCUCUAAAUCUAGCAGGAAGCUCAAGCGCACUGAAUCUGCCUUUACAUCUACCGAAUGGAGCUUUGUUUGUUUUGAUGGUGUAAUGACAAAGCUACAUGGUCUCGAAGCACAUGAAGCUGGCCAAAUUUUGGCUGAAGACGGUGUUACCCUGAGGACUCUCGGAUGCCUCUGUUUGUUACAGGCAUGCAAGGGAAGACGCACACUUUCCAUGUCAAGUUAACCACGUAUGAUUUCACAGCAAGACGUCAAAGCUUCACUGUCACCCGUAAUAUCAAUGAAUGUGAACAUCUGCCGCUUCCUGAUUUCGUCGAUAAUGGAGGAGAUGAUAACAAUGAUCAGAAAAUUCAUGCAGAGGUCGAAUCUAGGGGGGCAGUGGUGAAGCAGCUUUGAUUGCUGCUACAGAGCCAAUUGGUGCUAUGCUUAGCAAGUUGUCAAGAAGAUAUAUAAUCAACAUCAUAUGUAUUUAAAUAAUACUUAUGCAUGAUCUCUCCCGUUUUUCGUAUUCGAGAAUCUAUUUUCGGUUUUUUUCAUUAUUUGAAUACUCUAGGUUUGAGUCAGACAACCUAUCUAUUUUCUUAUUAUAAAGGAGUGAUUUAUCUUACUGAUCGUAUUAUAGAUAAUGCUUAUGCAUGAACUUCCCAUUUUAAGUAUUCCUCUUUCUUAUUUACUUUUGACUUUUUCCACUGUAUGG